CAGCUGCAUCGCCGUUUGAGAUUGAAAACUGGUUAGCUAGCAGUUAAUUAGCUAAACUUGACGUGCUCACCAACGGACUCAUUUUUCCACUCUGCAGUUAAGGCGCUUUUUCUGAUAACGCUCGGUCAGACUUUUUGUUUAACCCACAUCGGUGUGUUUAUAAGUAAUCAAUGUCUAGCUUUUAGUUGUCAUUUUGCCUACAUUUGCUUAUAUACAUGAAAGUGAAUGACACGUGUCCGUGUACAAGGCGUGCUAAUGCGAUUUAAAAGUCGGUGGAAGUAGUUAAAAUAGGACUGCUCAGCUGCCCUGACAGAUCUGCUCAUUUGUUGUCUAAUUGAGUAUUGGAUUCAGAUGUCAGACAUGAGUAGCGACAGAAAGAAGGUGACAUUUAAGUGGCUGCGCACUGUCACCUCACCCACACAUCCUCAGGGGAGAGACAAAGCAUCAAGCACACCUUGUCGCUGGAAUAGAGCAGAAAAUGAAGAUUCAAGUACUUUGCAUUUCAGUGAUUCUCCAGGAUCUGAGGACUUUAAAACACUAAGUCUGGACACUCCCAAGAGAAAAGCAGAGGUGUUCUGUGAAAGUGUGUCCUCUUCAGGCAAAGCCAAGCUGAGGAAGCUCUCUAGGAAAAACUCUGAAAUCUUUCAUAUUUUAAAGGGCACCUCAAUGAACAAAUCACCUAAGGAAUCCCCAGAGAGUCAACAAGUACACUCAACUCCAUCUCACUCUUUCAUUUUGAAAAAGAAAGAGAGGACACCUGAGGAGGGAUCGAAAGCAAUCUGCAGGAUGGCGCUGAUUGCAGCUAUCGGCAGCACAGAAAAACUCAGCACCACUAAAAUCCACAAGACUGACACACAGAGUGGGUCUUUCCCACUUGUAUCUUUCCCUGCUAAGGCCGAAGCACUCAGUCCAGAGUCUCUCAGCAGUGUGAAUUUGGCUGGUAACUUCUUCUCAAGCAGAACUGCCAACAAGUCUGAGGACAUUUACACUCUCAGUGAUGAUUGGAACUCUCCUCCUCAAGUGUUUGAGGACUCAGAAUCUCAAGGUUACCUAACAGAGCCAAAAACAGACACAAGGGACGUAUUGAUAGAGAAAUAUGAACUGGAAGACUGUGACUCGUCCAUCCCCUCGCUGGAGGAUAUUCCAGACUCCUGUUGUGUCACAACUCAGCACAACAGACCAGAACAUCAGACUUCUUUGGAUGCUACAACUUCCUCUGUCACCUUUUUGUCCACUAAUGAAGCAACUGGGGUUAUACAGGCAGCAGCUGAGGACACUGGGACGCCUUUUUCACCAUCACAGAGGACAGUUUAUGUCUCAUUCAAGCAGCCUCACCCACCAAGCAUGGGCUCUUCAAACCCAUUCAGUGAGACUCAGAAGUUUCACUCAGCCAUACAAGAGAAUUUACUGGAUCCUUACGCUCUGCCGCUGUGCUCAAAUAGUGGCGUAUCAGGCAUUUCCUUAAACUCCUCAGCUCGCCGCAGGCGGAGUGAUGGCUACUCUUUAAUACACAACUCCCCCCAUUCAUUAACUCCUAGAAGAUUGUCCUUGGGGGAUGAACCAUUGCGGACCAGUUACUCCUGUGACAGUCAGGCUGGUUUCAUAGACACACACUGCCAUCUAGACAUGCUGUAUGGCAAACUUGGCUUCAGUGGGACAUUCAGCCGCUUUCGGAAAAUUUACAGGAGCAGCUUUAGUCCACAGUUUCGUGGCUGUAUUACAGACUUCUGUAACCCAGGAAUCAUGGUGAAAGAGGCCCUGUGGGAAGGUUUGCUUGCUGAAGACAUGGUGUGGGGGGCAUUUGGGUGCCACCCCCAUUUUGCCAAAAACUACUCAAGCAUUCAGGAGCAAAACAUACUGAUGGCAAUGAGGCAUCCAAAAGCUGUAGCAUUUGGUGAGAUGGGGCUGGACUAUUCCCACAAAAACUCCACUGAUACCUCAAUACAAAAAAAAGUGUUUGAGCGUCAGCUGCGUUUGGCUGUGGCCAUGCAGAAGCCUCUGGUGAUCCACUGUAGAGACGCAGAUGAUGACCUGCUGCCAAUCAUGAAGAAGUGUGUUCCUAAAGAAUACAAGAUUCACAGACACUGCUUCACAAACAGGUAUUCAGUGAUUGAGCCCUUCUUGGCCGAGUUCCCCAACUUGUAUGUGGGCUUCACAGCCCUGAUCACUUACACCAGGGCCACCGAGGCCAGAGAUGCGGUCCGCCAGAUCCCGCUUGACCGCAUUUUGUUGGAGACGGAUGCACCAUAUUUCCUUCCAAGACAAGUCAGGAAAGGUGUCUGCCAGUUUUCACAUCCUGGAAUGGGCAUUCACGCUCUGCAGGAGCUGAGCUGGCUGAAGGGGGAGGAUAUGGCCACUGUCUUUGACACCGUCCGCAACAACACCACUCAGCUUUACGGCAUAUGAUCUUGAGAGUUGGAAGCAUAAAAGAAAAAAAAACUGGCACCAAAGAAAAGUAUCAGUGCUUUAUUGUGACUCAUAUUUUCUGCAGCUUUUUGUUUAGAUUUAUAAAUCCUCCAUGGAGAGGUGGAAGAUGGAGGAGCCAUCUCAUUUUAAACGGCCUGAUAAACUAACAAACUGAUCUUAAAAAGAUAAAAAGUUACAGAAAUAAAACUGUCUCCCGGUAAAGGCACAGUUAAUCUUGUUCUAGGGCAUUGUUCAGGCCAAUUAAUUCAUAAAAAUGUUAAGUUGUAUUUGGUUCUGUGAUGCUUUGCUGUUUUUUUUUCCCUCAUUUGUCUAGAUGCUUUGUUUGUCCACUGCUAUGCAGUCUAGUUUGGUUUGCAGUGAAGACAUUAAAGUAUUUUAAUCCUUUUUGUUUACUCUUAAUGUCUGUUUCUAGGAUGUUUCAUAAAUGAAAACAAGGGUUUAUGGAAGAAACAAACAAACAUGAAGUUUUCAGAAGCAGAUUCUUUGUUGCAGAGAGAAAGCAGCUGAGAGGCUGGUCCAUCAACCUGCAUUGAUACCAUUUUCUUCAUCUUAUACUCUGGACCUAAGUGCAUUUUAUUUUUAGAAAGAUUUACCUUUUAACAUUUUCUGGAUACUAGUAUUUGUCAUCCGUGUGGAAGAGUAAUGGUUUAUGGGUAGAUGUGUCUCUUCUACAUCAGGUUUGAUGAGAUAUGUGGGAAAUGCACACAUUUUCCAUUUUUCCAGGGCCCUUAAUAAAACCUUGUUUUCACGUGUUUAAUGGAUGUAGGUCAGAGCACACUAUGUUCAUGGUUUCAAAAUGGAUCACAGAACUACGUAAGAGCUACACACUGUUGUCCUAGUCACCGAGUUUUGGACAAGAUCUUUUGCAGCCAUGUUUUAUUGGCCAUUUUGUGUUUGCUGGAAAAAUGAGUAUUUACAUAUUUAACUGUAGUGGUAAUGGGAGGGAACAUCAGGAAACAGUUUAGCCUUUACUCAAUUUACCCAAACAUGGAGAACAUUUGGGAGGCGAACCGCUGGCAUUUAAGCUGUAUUUAUAAUUAUCUUGCUCAAAUGU